UCACCACUUAUUGGCCGUAUAAACAAAUCACGUGAUGUAUUUCAAUUGAACAUGCAAAUAGAGACCGCUCGCGCGAAUCGGUUUUAGGUUUCGAGUAAGAUGGGAAGCAAGAAAUUUACCAUUCUCUGCUAGAUUCUGUCCUAGACAAGUCGUUUUGAGAUAUUUACUUAGCUUUUGCUUCGUUCGCUUCGCUUAGCUUGCUUUGAACCACUGUUAUUUCACUUGUGUAAUAAUGGUCUUUUACGGCAACAAGUUCAGCGGGAACUGUGUGAUGAAUACCCUGGAGGGUACUCGUUGUAGGAGGAAGGCACCCCUGCCUGUUGAUGAACCGGAGGAGUGCUGGCAACACCGACAACAGCCAGCCGAGGUCCAGUGCUCUGCACAUAUUGGGCUUCAUGGGAAUGGCAGACGUUGCAGCCGGCGUGGACGUCACUCGCUAGACGAAAACGCUGUUGAACUCUACUGCACGCAACACGUCAACAAGUUGCAUCGCGAGAACGGUCGUGCGGAGGUCGUUCCUGCUCAUCGCCAACAGCAGGAUGAACAGCGUAGGAGGGCGGAGGAGCGUGAGCAACUCCACCCGAGACGAAGGUCACCGCGUCUGGUAGAGCGAGAGAUCGCAGCUGCCGCCGCUGUUCAACUCGCCGCGGAGAGAGAGCAACGUCGUGCCGCCAAUCGGGCAAACCAGAACCUGCGGAGGUCGGCCCGGAUUGCCGCGAGGCGAGGCAAUGUGUGAUUGUAGCCUGGACUGAUUCGCAGAAGCAGCAGGGGGGAGACCGAGGGGGGAUACUGGGUCGAACACUGCUGAGGUUCUCGGGACGUAAACGCCUUGCUAUAGGAGUAGUAGGGAGGAAGCCGAGACGGGUAGUGCAUGGUCACUCAAAACCAGACCCGCUGUACUAUCGUAGUCAAGAAAGACUGGGUGUGGUCAGUCGAGGUAGACGCCGGAGGCCAUUCCCUUUCUUUGACCGCCUGUAAAUUAUUCCAAGAAGAUCAGGCCUCACCGUGGGACGCGCACACACGUCGUAAGUAUGCAGGUAUUUCAAUGUCUACCUUGUGAUAAUAUAUUCCUACUCACCAGAUCAGUUUACCCAAUACCUCCUAAUAGAAGUCAUGUAUACUUUUGAGGUUUGACAUGUAGGUUAUUACAUUGAGAAUUUGUGAAUAUUUGGCUGAAAAUCUUUUUUAAUAUACGUUAUAUUGUUAUAAGGGUUCAGAAGUUGUCUCUUUUUUGUAAGUUUAGUUAUUGGUUUUGCAAUCAUCCAUCUCAUAAAAGUAGUUGUACUGAUAUUUCAAUGUGUAUUAUUUAUUGUUAUAAAAUUUAGUGUUGAGUUUAUAAAGGUUAAGCUUAAAUUAUUAAUAUGACCUACUCGGUGAUUAAUGAGCAAUGUGUAAUUUAAAAUGUGUUCAAUUGACCGAAUGACAGAAUGUUCUUUCAUGUGGAAUGCACGAAAGAAUAAGAAAAAAAGAUGCCAACAAUUAAUAAUGAACUUACAAAAAUGGUUGCAAACUAAUGAUAAAAUACAAUUAAAAAAUAU